AACCACAAUUUUAAUUUUUUUAAAUAUUUUUGAGUUCAAAAAUGGAAGUUGAUAAUUUCGUUGAAAUUUCUAGCGAUUCCAGUAAAUCGGACGAAACUAUUAUAGUACCGAACGACGACAUAGACGAAAUUGUAAAGAAAUACACAAAAAACACCCAUUUAUCCAAGGACGAUUUUCCUUCGACUUCAGCCUCCAGUUCGAACAAGAAUUUUUACUCCUUAGACGAUUUUUCAGACGAAGACAUCAAAUUAGAACCGCUAGGGAGCAGGAUAAAACGGAAAACGGAUGAUACUAAAGCGUCUACCUCAAAUCCCAGCUGUUCUUGGAGGAACAAGUUUUCUGCGGAAGAUUUUUGUGAAGAUUCUAACGAUAUAGAGACAGUAUUAAACAGGGUGCGUCAGUUAGAAGAGGAACAAUUUCCUGUAGUAUCCGAGCAUAAUAUCAGCAAAGAGGUAGAGAUGCUUAUCAGUGGAGAUAUGUUUAAACAACAUUCAAAUUCUGAAGAAUUUAUCAACAAAUACUCUUGGGAAAAUUCCUCAGAAGAGAAUCUACCAAACUUGGAUAAUUUUAAAUACUCAUCAGCUGAAGAUGUAGUUGAACCUGAAAAGAAAAAGGCAAAAAAACGUGACAACACUGAUAAAGAACAGAAAAAAAUUGAAAGAGAACAAGCCAAAAUACAGAAAGCCAGAGAAAAGGAACUUCAGAAACUCGAGAAAGAGCAACAAAAACAGUUAAAAGAUGCCUUAAAAGUUGUAGAAGAUUAUAUUAAACCUGAUAAAUGUAUGGAGUACUUAGUAAUAAAUAUUGAUACACAAUUAGCAAGAAAACCCUAUGGUGAGGUCGUAGUGACUGGAUUAAAAAGCAGUAGUUAUAAUUAUAAAGUAUCCCCACAAAUAGCGCCAAAUUUUGUGUCAUGGUCACGAAAAAUACCUACAGUUCAAAAUAAUCUUCUCAGUCAUGUUAUGCAACAGGAGUCACAUUAUCUAUUUGUAAUAGAAAUACCUGAAUUUGUGAAGCAUGUUGUUCAAAAAACACUCAUUGUUCUUAUACAGUCUUUUAUGACCUUACCAGAAGUUAAUCAUUUAACAAUAGCACUUUUAGGUUUACCUAGAUUUUUUAAUUAUUUAAAAAACGAAAGAAAUAGAGAAUUUAAGGCUUCAAUGCAAGACAGUGAAAUACCUAGUAGUAAAAAUACUAAUAGAGAAUUUAAAGAUUUACCAACAAUUUCCAAAGAAGAAAUAGAUAAAGAACUGGUAGAAUUACAAAUUUACUGCAAACAUAUUUAUGUAAGGCCUGUAGACAAGUACGAAGACCUGGCUGCUUUUGUAGUGGAGUGUACCAAAGCUGUAGCUCAAAUUCCUCAUAAGGCUGCAAAAGCUGACGUUCUGAGCAGAGAAAGUGAAUAUUUUUAUGGAAGCAACAAAGACUGUGUCAAAGUCGAUAAAAACGGCAUGGGUUUGGGAAGAUUAUGGUCUCAAAUCAUAAGGAUGUUUCCUUUAGCUAGUUUAGAGACUGCAGAGGCUAUCACAGCUCGUUACCCCACAAUGGUUUCAUUGCUAGAGGCAUAUGAUCAGUGUAAAACUCAAUCAGAAGGUGAGAAAUUGUUACAAGACAUCGCCGUAAGAAGAGCUGCUGGGCCUAUGAGCACGUCUAAAAGAAUCGGGCCCGAACUAAGCAGGAAAAUUUACAAAUUCUUUACUUCAGAAGAAAAUGAAUAUUUAUGAUAUAUAUAUAUUUUUUUUAAUUUUAAUUCUUUUGUACAAACGUUAAUAUCUUAAUUAUUUUUAUACCUACCAGUCUUACAAAAAGAAAAAAACAGCUUUGUUACUAUUUUUUUACCUUAUUAUACACAGUUGUAAAUAAAUGUUUUUACUUAAGCAAAUACACGUUACAAAAAAUUAAGUCUAUAAAUUAUUAAUACCAUCCUAGAUCGUACAGUCUGUAGCAAAAAAAUUACAAUAAAUGGGGAAAAUAUUAAGUUUUAGAUUUUAAUUUUAUUAGUUGAAUUGGAAGACUUCGGUUGGUUAGAAAAUUACGCAGUUUUUAAAUUUAUUGCACUUUCAUGC